CUCGACGCACUCAAUGAUUUGGAACGACUGAUCGCGAUAUGCAGGGAAAGUGUUCGCGAAGGGAGUGAAGGAAACAUUGAGGAUGUUCGCUCGCUGUUUAGAGAACUGGAGAAUCAAGACAAUCUUGAGAUUGACUAUCUCGAUGUUGUGAAGAACAUUCUAGCUGAAACAGAGUCAAACGAGCUUUUGAAGGAACUUGAAGAGUUCGAAGAACGAAGAAAUCAGGAAGAUAAAUCCGAAGCGAGGAAAGCACAAAGAGCUGCUCUUAUGUCAUCCGUCAGAAGCACAUUGGUAGGAGUGGUGAACAUUAAAACAGUAUUCAAAGCAGUUGCUGGCGGCCUCACAGUCGUUUCUGCCAUGGAGGUGUUGAGUCGUUGGUCCUCAUUUGAUCAGCUGAUUGCAGCCGUACAAACCUGUGUGCUUCCAGCCGGCACAAGGCUGGUUCAAAUCACAGAUGGCUGUGUGUGCCUCACAGUUCAAGCUGAAAGUUUAUCAGCUCUUAUUAUUUUGUGGAAAUUUUAUCAGGAUGGAACUCUUCAAAAAAAUCUGCACGAUUUCUUUGUCACUGAUGAGGUGAGAGAACUCGCCGAUAGAAAGGAUGUGGAGGUGAAUGUCACCAUCGAUGUAGACGAAUAUCACAAAGCUUGUAUCGAGUUGAUGAAUGGAGCUCAAGAUUUUACCCUUAAAACGUCUACUUAA